ACUUCAAUGCCUACUCUUCACCUUUCCCUUGUGUUAGCCACCUUCUUCCUUCCUUCAGCUCUUCUCAGGUGCUCAUUCAUCAACCUUUACUAUAGAAAAAAAUGCAGCUAUACGGUUUGGCCUGGGAUGUUAUCCGGUGCCGGAACCCCUCCGAUUUCACCUACAGGCUUUGUUCUUGAACCGGGGGAGCCAACAUCCAUUUCUGUUCCAACAUCCUGGUCGGGUCGGAUAUGGGGUCGAACCCUUUGCACCCAAGAUCCAUUCGGAAAAUUAUCUUGCCUCACCGGAGACUGCGGCUCCUCCACACUCGAAUGUUCAGGCGGCGGCGCCAUCCCUCCCGCUUCCCUUGCGGAGUUUACGCUCAAUGGUGCAGGUGGAUUGGAUUUCUAUGAUGUUAGCAUUGUUGACGGCUACAAUCUACUGAUGAUGAUAUUCCCAAGUGGUAGAACCAGAGGUAAUUAUACAUCGGCGGGAUGUGCGGCGGAUUUGAACGGUGACUGUCCUGUGGAGCUUAAGGUUGUGGAUGGGAGUGAAGGGGUUGCAUGUAAGAGUGCUUGCGAUGUGUUUGAGGAUUCCCCAUAUUACUGCAGCGGAGCUUAUGCUACUCUAAAUACGUGCAGGCCUAGAUCUUACUCCCAAUUCUUCAAGACUGUGUGCCCUACGGCUUAUAGCUAUGCCUAUGACGAUGGAACCAAUACCUUCACUUGAGCUGGCGCUGAUUACGAUAUCA